GGUUUGAGUUACGUUUUAUUCUCCGGACAUCGCGCCAUGAGGCGACCGAUUACAUUUAUGUAUACAAACCUAUAUAAACUGAUAUUCGAUGAAGUUCAAUUCAAUGCUUAUCUGUACGGACCAAUCACAUGAUGGAUAGAAACAAUAUGGUGUCAUACUAACCUGUACAAUGCGUUAAAAAUGCUCGGUUUUAUAUACACAUAAUUCCUGAACCGCUGAAUUUAUAGAGUUAAGGCUAGCAUUUUUUCAUUCUCCGCGGCGAAAAAUAUUAAAUAACAAAAAACAAGUCGAUAAUUUUAUAUUCCCUAAGCCGAAGUUAAACUAUAUAUUUCUUUCAAAUACUUAUUCUUAUCGGUCAAAUGUUUACUCCGCUUGUUAUUAUUAAUCGUAGAUUAACAACCGCUGCAAGAUGCAAACGGCGAGUUGUUGUUACAGGAAUGGGUAUAGUAUGUCCUCUGGGAAUUGGUGUACAAAAUGCUUGGCAAGCGCUUAUUAAUUCUAAAUCAGGUAUCACCAAAUUGACUAAUCCGGAAUAUGACAAGCUACCUUGCAAAGUUGCUGCAUUAGUACCUAAAGGAAAUGGUCCUGAUGAAUUGGAUAUUGAUUCAUAUUUUACAAAAAGUGAAUUACGUACAAUGUGCCCAGCUACUCCUUAUGCUUUGAUAGCUACAGAAGAAGCAUUGAAUGAUGCAAAUUGGAAACCAAACAAUGAAACUGAUAAACGAGAUACAGGAGUAGCAGUAGGAAUUGGAAUGAUAGAUUUAAUUGAUGUAUGCACAACAUACGAAGCCUUAAAAAAAGGAUAUAACAAAGUUAGUCCUUAUUUUGUGCCAAGAAUAUUAACAAAUAUGGCUGCAGGACAAAUUAGUAUUAAAUAUGGUCUUCGUGGCCCGAAUCAUUCUGUGUCAACAGCAUGUGCAACUGGAGCACAUGCAAUUGGUGAUGCAUUUCGUUUUAUUCGUGGGGGAGAAACAAGUGUAAUGAUAUGUGGUGGGGCAGAAGCAUGCAUCAGUCCUCUUGCUAUAGCUGCUUUUUGUAGACUUCGAGCAUUGAGUACUAACAAAAAUGAUUUUCCGUAUGAAGCAUCAAGACCAUUUGAUAAGGAUAGGGAUGGAUUUGUUAUGGGAGAAGGUGCUGCAAUACUAGUGUUGGAAGAAUUAAAUCAUGCACUUGAAAGAAAAGCUAAUAUUUAUGCAGAAGUGUUAGGGUAUGGUUUAUCUGGUGAUGCAACACAUUUGACUGCACCUAGUGAAGAUGGUACAGGUGCUAUAUUAGCCAUGGACAGAGCGGUGAAAGAUGCCGGUAUAGAAACUGUAGAAAUAACUUUUAUUAAUGCACAUGCAACUUCAACCCCUUUAGGUGAUGGUAUUGAACUGAAAGCUAUAGAAUCAUUUAUGGGACAACAUAGUAAAAACGUAACUGUCUCUAGUACAAAAGGUGCACACGGUCAUUUGUUAGGUGCAGCAGGAAACUUAGAAGCUGUUUUUACUAUUCUGGCAAUAAAAGAGAGUGUAAUUCCACCAACAUUAAAUUUGCAUAAUUUGGAUACAGAAACAUCCUUAAAUUUUGCUCCUAAUAUAAAGAAAAAUUGGAAUACAACCUCUAGACGCGUGGCAUUAAAAAAUGCUUUUGGUUUUGGUGGAACAAAUGCAUGCUUAUGCUUUGCACAAUAUAAUGAAUAAGUUGAUCAUUAAACUAAAACUAGUUUGAAAAGAAGCAUAAUACACGACGUAGUCCAAACUAGUCAUUCCUCAAUGUACAUUAAUUAAUACAUAUAUAGAUGGCGGGGAUUUAAAUAGGAACACUGAAAUAUUUCUGUUACUAGCAGUUGUCUGAAAAAUCUCCAAAGCACAAAGUUAUAUUAUUUAGAAGGGCACAUACAAUAGUAAAUAAAAUUUCUUCUAAAAUUCAUUUUUUUUAAAUGAGAUUUUAAGAUUAUCGUAUUUUUUAAUAUAUUAAUCAAUUCAUCUCUUCAUUCUCUAUAAAAAUAUAUUAUCCUAUUUAUGUCAAAAGCUAUUAGUUUAGUUUUAGUUUUAACCUUAAUUUUGUCAAAUGUAUAAAAGAUAAAGACAAUGUAAACACGAAAAUACCGCUUCGUUUCUUCCCUUGUCUUUCAUAUAUUAUAAUUGACAAAAUUAAAGUUAAAACUAAAACUAAACAAUAGCUAGCUCAUACAUAAACAUAAACACCUUUUACCUUUUUAUAAGAAAUACCGAGAUGGAUUGAUUAAUCUAUUAAAAUAAACGACCCUAAUAAAACAGACGACGAUGAUAUUGAAAUCUCAUAAAAGAAU